AUGUGCGUAAGAAUACAUUAUACUAUUGAUUUAAAUGUUUUAAAAAAUAAAUACAAUUGUAAUAAAAUAGUUAAUAAUGAGAAAUUAAAGAAAGGAAUGAUUAAUAAGAAGAACUAUAUACCUUUAAUACUUGAAAAAAAUGAAAAUUCAGUAGAAAAAAAGAGUGAAGAACAAAAAAAAAGUAGAAUAAUUCAAGUAUGCAUAUGGGGGAUAAAUCCAUUUAAUUAUGGAAAAUUCGAAAAAGAUAUUGCAUUAAUUAAUGCUAGACUAGAAACUUUACACCUAAAAAAAUCCUUUAAAAUUUUAAUAAAUAAAAAUAGAUGUGCAAUAAUAGUUAAUGGAUAUUUCGAAUGGAAAAGUGAGGAAAAUUCUUCGAAAAAAAUUCCUUAUUAUAUAUACAAUGGUAAAAGUAAUCAAAACCUUAAUAAACAAAAUUCUCCAAAAAAAAUAGAUAAUGAAGAACUAUAUAGUAAAGACAAUGAAGAAAUUAACGAUAGUCAUAAUGAUAAAAGUGAAAUUGAAGAAGAAGAAAUUUAUAUUAAAGAUGAAAAAACUAAAUUAGUAGAACAAAACCCUCUUAAAAGAAAAAAAACAAUAAAAGAAGUUACAACAAAAAAAAUUAAAAUAGAAUCAUUAAAUGAAGGUAUAUUAAAAAGAAUUAAAGAAGAAAAUGAAUCACAUAUAAUAAUUGCUGGUUUGUACAGUGUAUCUGAUGAUGAUAAAAAGGAAUACAGAAACACAGUAAUUACAACUUCAAGCGAAAAUACAAAUUUAAAAGAUAUUCACGAAAGAUGUCCCCUCUUGUUAAGUGAAAGUUCCUUAUCUUUAUGGUUAAAUGUAGACAACAAUUACUCAGAUAUAAUAGACAAAAUUAAAGAAGAACAUAUAAAUGCUUGUAACAACUUAAAAUAUAUGGAAGUUCAAGAUUGGAGUGUUUAUUCAAAUUACUCAAAGCAAGAAAAAAAGGAGAAUAUUUUAAAAUAUAUGAAGAAGUGA